UGUUUAACGGUUAACCGUGUGAAAUUAAUUUCGCUUUUGUAUAGUUACCAGCGGCUCCUGUUUUCACAGAGGCCCCAUGAAUGAAAAGUUUCUUAAGCCGUUUCUUUGUGAGUAAAUUCAUGAGUCACCGGGUGCUGAGUUUGACCUCCCUUCCUAUGAUGCACUUCCUUUUUGCCAUCUUGUGGAGGAGUUGAGCGGCAGGCAGGAGUUAGCUGCCCGUUAGCUCACUGCAGCUGUGGUAAAGUGGUUUUCUGUCAGCUGGCUGCUAAAAGAGAGCCGUCGUCACGACGGGGGCUAACUUCUCCUACUUUGAGACAGUUCCUCUUCGUCUCCCGCUGGAUUAUCUUUUAUUUUUUGAAAAGCUGCCGAGUUUGUUUACAUCGCGAUGGCGCAUAUGCUUCUCCAGAAGCGAAGACUAGCCGACACCAGCUACCUGUGCUAAUUUGGCGAGGAAUACAUUUACUGCUGAGAGACCGCCUUAAACUUAAGUACGUAAGAUGAACAGUAUGGAACUAGACCGUGACGGUACGUCUCUUUUUUUCACUUUUCAACUGUGAACUGCUUCGUAAGACGUUAGUUCGUCGAUUCAUCUGGGCGGACUUGAGCCAAAUUGUCAACACGAUGUCUAAACUAGCAGGAAAGAAGAAAAGUUGUUUCCAGAUUACGAGUGUCACCCAGGCUCAGGUAGAUGCCAGCCACAUCCCCGACAACACCGAGAGCAUGGUUUACCCGGACGAGUCACGGACUGAGGACUUGUCAUCGGAAGUAUUUGACUUGUCUCGGGUCGAGCAGGGUGUGUGUGACAGGAGCUCACCGGAUGAGACGCUGAACAAUGUUGGAGACUGCCAGGAGGGACAGAUUCACAACGCAGGUCCUGUCAACGGAGGGAUCUCUUCUACAAAUACACUCACUGGUCGUGUUACCCCACAUAAUGCAGGGGGAAGUGUGCCUGGUCCAGCUCAGCCUCAAGCUUCUAGCUCCAACACGGUUCCGGCUGCCAGUGUGGCUCACACUGCUCCCAGCAGUAGUUGUAGUUCCAGGUUUAGGGUCAUUAAACUUGACCAUGGUACUGGAGAGCCCUUCAGACGGGGCAGGUGGACAUGUACUGAGUUCUAUGAGAAAGAGUCAGAUUCAAGUGUUAACCGGACUGUGGACAGCAUAAAGCCAGCUAUAACACAUGAUCAAAGUAUAGACCGAGACAGUGGAUUAGGAGUCACUAGUAAUUUCAUAGUCAGUAGCAGUGUUUUGGCAAACUCCACUGAUAGUGGCUUCUCUGUCUCUGCUGGACAUCCCACCCACUCCCACACUUCAGAUCCCUUGCAUCAAGGCUACAGCUUGUCCCCUCAGAUUGGGAGUGGAGCAAGUGCCUUCCAGCCCAUGGGUUUUACAACUACAGCAUCACAGCAAACACAACAGGCUCAUGUCAAUAUGCAGCCCAUUACUCCCCAAACCUUUCUCCCUCAUGGCAUCAAUGGUGUGCAUCAAGGUGCCAUGCAGCAGAAGCCACACAUACCUCUGGCUACGCAGCCCCAGCAGGUAGCCUAUUCUACUCAUCCCACUGGCUUUUCCUCCAGCAACCCUGAUUAUCAUCAGCAACACUUUGGCUCAGGUGCCCAAAACGUACCCUCAAUGACGUCCCCUGUAGGAUCCUCACCCCCAUUUACACCUGCUUGCACAAGAACUCAAGGGUUCCCUGUAGAUGUAUGCUCAGCACAAGGUCUUUUACAGCAAGUGAUCAAUGCACCAGUCAUGCCCCUCAUUCUUCCAGGAAACCCACUGCAGCAACCUGUCAACCAGACUCUGCCUUCAGGAGGGUUAGGUGUUGCUCCUGCAACCUCUGCAACCAUCACCACUUGCUCUCACAGUGGUGGUCAGAAUGUGCCUGCCACAGUGCCCAAUACAAUCAGCAUACCUCCAGGUGUAUUGAGUCAAGUGCUCAACAAUGGGGGAAAUGUCCAGCUCCAAGGAGCUCUUGGUGGAGCCGCAGUAGGCCUUUUCUCUGGCUUCAGUAACCAGGCAGAAGAUAGUGGGCAGAAUUCUGAUGUCGUACCUCACCAAAGUUCCACCAGUGUAGUUCCUGGGAAAGAUGGCGUUCUGAGUCUUGCUGACGAGGGUCCCACCUUGGUUUCCCCAUCUGUCAACAGCCUUUUUAACAUCCAGAUACCCAUCAUUGAGGAUGAUGACAGUGCGUCUGGUGCCAGCAUUGUUGCCAUCGAUAACAAGAUUGAGCAGGCCAUGGAUUUGGUGAAGAGCCACCUGAUGUAUGCUGUGCGUGAGGAGGUGGAGGUGCUGAAGGAGCAGAUCAAAGAGCUGUACGAGAGGAACUCUGUGUUGGAGCGGGAGAACGCCGUGCUGAAGUCUCUGGCCAACACGGAGCAGCUCAGCCACUUGUCCAGUCAGCUCAGCAGCUCCUCGGCGCCGAUGCAGCUACAGCAAUACCCGCUGGUCAAAAACAGCACCCCCGCUCUUGUUCACAAUGAGGGGGGUCAGAGCGUCCCUUAUCAGCCAAACAUCACAUCGGCGUGAACCUCUCUUCUUUAAACUCGCAAACUCAUGCCUCCUGCGGACUGGAGAGGAAGGUCUGGUUAAUGAAUACAUCUACCACCACCCCCAUAAGCCCCCCCCAAGGGUCUGGUUCUGGUUGCUAUUUAAAAUCAGAGUCAACAACAUCUUUGUCGUCAGGAGCCGCGGCUCACCAUCACAGGACCGUCACUCUUAAGACAGUUACCAGCCUUGUAAAGUCUUAUGGUCCUGUGUUUGGCUGCAGCGAGGGGAGACGCAGCACCUGUGCAGGAAGUGGGGGUUCACGAGCACAACGCGCUUGGCAUGUCGGGACAAAUCAGAAGGCAGACUUGGAGACAAAGGUCUCUCCUUAAACAUCUGGGACGGACUGUCCUCCUAGUGUCCAUGCCGCUACAUCACUCCAGGGCCACGGGGCCAGGGUGAAGAGGAGGAGGUGGAGGCGAGGAAACGCACUGCCGCAGCUCGAGCAGAGCGAGUCGAAAGCCUCAGCUUGUGUCGUUUCCUCAAAGCCACCGUUUAACACGGAAAAAUUCUCAUUACUUCAGUUUUAGUAUUUUUCAUUUAUUUAUUUCAGGGCUGCUAUUUUCAUGAUGUAAAUAAACUGUCAUGGAGUUACGUAUUAAAACCAACAACAAUAAACAUUCUCUUUGGUCUUUUUGGUAUUUAGAAAAUCUGUUGGGUAAAAAACAUUGCUAGAUUAUUUUUUCUUUUUUACAGAUAAAAUUUCAGUAAGUAGGCAAUAAGUUCCACGAUAGAACCAACACUAAAGCUGAGCUUUCAUAGGGAGAAAUCCAGGUUGAAUGUAUAUUUUGUAAAGUAUUAGGGGUUGUACAGGUGAUGAGACAUGAAAUGUGAUGGGAUGUUUGUUUUGUCUAAACUUUGGGGUUUGUUUUAGGGUGGGAUGAAAAGCUGUGAAAAAUUCUUCAACCUACUUUAUAACCAAAGACUAAAAUGAUGUAAGUCGGUCCCUCCUGUUUUUAUAAUGCACAUGUUUUCUACUCCCUCCUUCCCUAAAUAUAUAUACUUUUUCUUUUUGUUGAUGUUCUGCAUGAUCUAUAAUCAAACCACUGUCUUACCUCAUGUUUUUAUCCAGCUCUCAUUUUUCUGUCAGGCUGUGAAUGACUGUGGGAGGAUUUGUGAGCAGGUCGGGUGGAGAAAGUGGCUGACAUGUUGGAUGGGGAGGAGAGAGAGAGAAUAGAAAUGGGUUUGGUGUGAGGGCGAGGGAGAGGCCUUGUGUGUGAAACAUGGGUCACGAAAGGAGCCAUGGUUAGGGUUCUCAUGUGAAUGUGGUUGAAUCUGAUGUGCAGAGAUUAAAAAAGGGUUUGAUGCAUUUGCUGGUUUGUUUAAAUGCAGCGUUUAUUUCACUUAUGUGCAACAAAAACAAAAUAGAGCAAUAUCUGAAGAGCAGAAACUAUUAAACAUUUCUCACUUUAACACUGCAGCCCGCUUGAUUGUAUCCGAUCAUAUUAUGGGAUGUCCUGCCUGCUAUGUCUCUUUGCCUGUAGUGCAGAGGCCUGUAGUUGGCAGGCCGUUUGGUUUCUUUCUCUGUGGCUUAGAACCAAACCAAACUGCUUGGUAAUUGUACAAUCACACCUUUUUUAAGACUUUUAUUUUGGUAAAUGGGCUUAUUUUUUUGCUCUUUGUUUUUCAUUUGAAGGAGAUGCCGUGUACAUGCCAAAUGUACCAUAUGAAAGUAAUCACUGAGCCUUGGAGUGACUAAACAAAUGCCCUUGUAAUGUGCUGUUCAGACGAUUUUAGUUUUCAAUCAGAAAUAAACUGUUUUAUCAGAA